AGUUUGCCUAGGUUCCUCAUUCUGGUGGGUGAGUGUAACAGUCCAUGUCAACUUGCUGACCGAUUUGUCAAGCCAAACACCACCAGUCUGACAGUCAGCCAGCCUGUAUAUGAGUCUGAUGAAUAUCACAGAGAAGAAAUCUGAGGACUAAAAGACAUCUAAACACUGGAUUAACUGUUUCCUUAACCAGGGAGGGAUACACAGUGAGAGAGGCAGGAUGGGCUGUAUGAAGUCCACGCUGAGCGAAGGUCUGAGCGCAGUUGUGGAGGGGAAGAACAGCGAGCAGACUGUACGUACCGAGCAAACGCACUAUGUCAGAGACCCCACCUCCAAUACAAAAAACAACAUAAAUAACUCCCUGCUACCUGGUCAGAUGUUCCAACAGAUGGAAGAAAGGGGGGUUGGCAAAAUAGUGAUCAGCCUUUACCCAUACGCAGCCACACACCCAGAUGACUUGGGGUUCAAGAAAGGAGAAAAGAUGAAAGUCUUAGAGGAACGUGGUGAGUGGUGGAGAGCAAAGUCAUUGAUAACCAACAAAGAAGGAUUCAUCCCAUCCAAUUAUGUUGCUCAAGCUGACACCAUGGAAACAGAAGAGUGGUUUUUCAAGGACAUAACAAGAAAAGAUGCCGAGAGGCAGCUGUUGGCUCCAGCAAACAAACCAGGCUCUUAUCUUAUCAGGGAAAGUGAAACAUCAAAAGGGAGUUACUCACUGUCCAUCAGAGACGUGGACACCCAGAGGAUAGAUUCAGUCAAACACUAUAAGAUAAGGAUGCUGGAUAAUGGCGGCUACUACAUUUCUCCUAAAAUCUCAUUCCCUGACAUUGGCAGCAUGAUCAAACACUACCACAACAAAGCAGAUGGCCUGUGUCGUAAACUGGACCGUCCAUGUGUAAAACCCAAAGCUCAGAAACCAUGGGACAAAGAUGCAUGGGAAAUUUCCAAAGAGUCUAUUAAGAUGGUGAAGAAACUAGGAGCAGGGCAGUUUGGAGAAGUCUGGAUGGCUUACUACAACAACGCAACCAAAGUAGCGGUGAAGACUCUGAAGCCAGGCACCAUGACUCCUGAAGCCUUCAUGGAGGAAGCCAAUGUCAUGAAGACGCUGCAGCACGACAGGCUUGUGCGGCUCUAUGCUGUCGUCACCAAGACAGAACCCAUCUAUAUCAUCACUGAGUUUAUGGCAAAUGGCAGCCUGCUGGACUUCUUAAAGAGCGACGAGGGAUGUAGACUGCUACUACCCAAGCUCAUCGACUUCUCAGCACAGAUAGCAGAGGGCAUGGCAUACAUAGAGAAGAAGAAUUAUAUCCACAGAGACCUGAGAGCAGCUAAUGUCCUGGUGUCAGAGAGUCUGCUCUGUAAAAUAGCUGAUUUUGGACUGGCGAGAGUCAUAGAGGACGACGAGUACUCUGCCAGAGAGGGAGCUAAAUUCCCCAUUAAGUGGACAGCUCCAGAGGCCAUUAACUAUGGUUCUUUCACCAUCAAGUCAGACAUGUGGUCCUUUGGAGUUCUGCUUUAUGAGAUUAUCACCUAUGGGAAAAUUCCUUACCCAGGUAUGACCAAAGGAGAGGUGAUGUCCUCGGUGCAGCGUGGCUACAGGAUGCCCCAGCCUGACAACUGUCCUGCUGAACUCUACGAAAUCAUGAUGUCCUGCUGGAAAAACAAACCUGAGGACAGGCCCACCUUUGAGUACAUGCAGAGCGUCCUUGAUGACUUCUACACUGCCACAGAGGGACAGUACCAGCAGCAACCAUAGACAGAGACAAAGCCAGAGAGACACUUUCAGAAAGACUUUGACAAAUACCUCCAGAUUAUGUUUGGAGCUGCUUUAGAUAUUUGUUUUUAUUUUCUAUUUUUGUAAUUUUUUGUAUAUAUGAUAUAUUCUAUAUGAUGCUGUAAUCUUUGUGCCAUUGGUGUUUACAAAUACUGAAUUUGCAAAGCAGUUUAUGAGGUACACAGGAGAAUUUGUGACAAAAAUGAUAAAGACAGAUGAGCAUUACAUCCAAAAGAAAGAAACAGGGUUAAUUGUUUUACUUUUUUUACACCAAACCCUAAAUGUCCUGUGAGAUUUCAACAUGUGUUUGUGUACACAGGAACUGAACAAACAGCUGACAUCAUACAUAGAGAUAGGGCUGGAUAUAUAAGGCUUAGUGUUUUGAUUGAUUUCUGUACAACAGCUGCCUCAUACAUAAUAGCUCUGUGUAAAUAAUGUGACAUUGGCAAGAGGGGCACGCUGUAUACAGAGAUAGCUGUUAAAAUGACUUACAGGUAAAGCAAUGAUCAUAAUGCAUGAUUCUGCAGACUUGAUAGACUUCUGUUCACCUCUCCUACUGAGCAUUUAGUUAUGAUUUAUUUGACAUCUAAAUGAUUUAAAUGCAGACAUUAUCUUUUUGUUUUUGUUUGUUUGUUUUAACAACUGAGUUGUUUUCUGACCGUUGUUGUUCACAUAAUCUAAGGUCCAUCUCUAGGCAGUAGCCUUUUUCAAGCAGAAACCUCAACAUUUCUGUCUGGCCCAUGUAUGUAAAAGCACUAUUCUAUGUUGUGAUGUCCCAUAAUGACAUUUCCAUUUGGGUUGAGUUCAAUUUUACAUUUCUUGCUAAUUGUCUUAUAAGCUGCUCUAACAGUGGGACACUCAUCCCCUUGAUGUUAACAAAAAUGCUAUUAUUUUAAGUAAAUACUGUGCUGUUUC